CGUAUGUUCCUCACAAAACAGAAAUAGGAAGUAUGAAGAGCACAGGAAAAAACAAAUCCACAAUUCAAAGCAACACAACUGUCGCAAACUAAACCACAGGGGUCUAUUUACUAGUGCAGGUGCAACAAAAGUAGCUGAACGCUGUUCUUCCGCGUUUCUGAAGAGCUUAGUGAAAAAGAUGAGUGAGUCACUGGAGAGGACUACAGAAUGUCCCUUGCCGCUUUCUGAAGAUGACUCCGGCCCGGACAAGGAGAGAAACAGCCUGACAGGCUCCAGCGAGUUAUGUUGGGAAGAUGGAGGUCUACCUAUGGAGCUGCAGAAAGGGAUGGAGACCCUACGAGUAAACAAAGAACUGACUGAUGUGGUUCUGUGUGUUCAGGGACAUGAUUUCCUUUGCCAUAGAGCCAUACUCGCUGCUGCCAGUCAUUACUUCAGGGCCAUGUUUUGCAGUGGUCUGAAGGAGAGUAAUGAGGAGCGUGUGGAAAUAAAGGGGUUGGACAGUGGGACGAUGCAGUCUCUCCUGGAGUAUACCUACACCAGCCGUGCCCUCCUAACCCACUCAAAUGUCCAGAGAAUACUAGAGGCUGCCAGUCAAUUUCAGUUCUUGCGUGUGGUGGAUGCAUGUUCUGGCUUCCUGAGCAAGUCACUGCAGCUAGAGAGUUGCAUUGGGAUCCUGAAUCUUGCUGAAAACCAUGCCUUGCCGGCCUUGAAGACCGUGGCCCAGGAUUACAUUGUGACUAAGUUCUCCCAGGUAGUCCAGCAGCCGGACUUCCUGGACCUGCCGGCAGAUUCUCUGGAGGCUGUCCUUCAGAGGGACGAUCUUGAUGUGAAGUGUGAGGAGUGUGUUUUUGAAGCUCUCAUGUGCUGGGUGAGAGCCCGGCAAGAUGAACACUAUCCUUCACUAGCCAGGUUGCUCUCACAUGUGCGCCUGCCAUUGUUGGAGCCUGCAUACUUUGUAGAAAAAGUAGAAUCAGAUGAAGUGAUUCGCCGCUGCACUGAGGCUUUUCCUUUGCUCCAAGAGGCCCGCAUCUAUCACCUCUCCGGCAGUGAGGUGGUUUCUGAACGAACCAAACCCCGUGUGCGGCACUUUCAAUCAGAGGUGUUUUUAAUCAUUGGAGGCUGCACCAAAGAUGAACGCUUCAUUUCCACUGUCACCUGUUUGGACCCCCUCAGACGCAGCCGGCUGGAGGUUGCCAGGCUGCCAAUCACAGAGAUGGAGGAUGAAUCCCAAAACAAGAAAUGGGUGGAGUUUGCAUGCAUCACCUUCCGCAAUGAACUGUACAUUUCUGGAGGUAAAGAGACGCAGCAUGAUGUUUGGAAAUAUAAUGGCGCCCUGGACAAGUGGAUCCAGAUCGAAUCCCUGACAAAUGGGCGCUGGAGACACAAGAUGGCAGUUCAUAGGGGGAAAGUGUACGUACUGGGUGGAUUUGAUGGAAUUCAGAGACUCGAUAGUGUCGAAGCCUAUGAUCCCUUUCACAAUCGCUGGGCACAGGUGACACCGCUUGCAGUAGGUGUGAGCUCCUUUGCUGCUGCAAGCUUUGACAGAUGGAUCUAUGUGAUUGGGGGCGGGCCGAAUGGAAAGUUGGCAACUGAUAAGGUUCAGUGCUGGGAACCCGGGACCGAUAGCUGGGAACUACGGGCGCCCAUUCCACUCGAAACCAAAUGCACUAAUGCUGUCACAUUCAAGAACUGCAUCUAUAUAGUUGGUGGUGCCAUGCAUGCUAUGUACUGCUACUCACCUCUGUCAGACUCCUGGUGCCUUGUGACCCGUCUGGGGGAGAGGGCGAGCUGCGCCAUAGCUGCCUGUAACAACAAACUUUUCAUCACUGGGGGACGAGAUAACAAGAACCAAGUCAUCUCCACAGUGAUGUGUUGGGACGUUGGCAGAGGGGUGUUGACAGAAGAGUGUGUUUUACCUAUGGGAGUGUCCCACCACGGCAGUGUAACACUCAUGAAGUCCUAUACGCACAUACAAAGAAUAACAUCUGCUUCAGAGUGCCAAUGACACAGACUUCAGCAAACAAGACAUUGUUGUUGAGAAAAAGAGAGGAAG